CUAGGGUUUCUCUUCCUCACUCUUCUCUGAAAAUCCUAUUCGUCUUCCCUUAUUCAAUCCAGCCUCCAUCUUUCUAUACACGCUAAUCCUUACCCCCUCCAUUUUUCAUAUAAAAACCCUAAAAUUAAUGGUUGAAUGUUUGCUCUUCAUUCUAUUUUCAUAUUCCAAGUGUUGCUUCUGACCUAAUUUCUUAUUCUAAUCAAGAUUUGUUUGUGUCCUUAAUGAAGUCGCAAAUCGAAUGGGUACAACCAUCUCUUUCUCUGCAUCCGGUGUAUCAAUCAAUUCUGUUAGAGAGCCUACCUUCUAUGGUUACACAACAAGAACUUCUGGCUUGCAAGCCAAUUCUUACCCCGAAAUGGGUGAUUUCGGCACUCAUGCUUGUGACAGUUGUCUUCAUACCUAUAGGAGUAGCUUCCCUUCUUGCUUCUCGUGAUGUAGUUGAAAUUAUUGAUCGGUACGAUAAUGCCUGCCUACAAGGCACAAAAAGUCAAAAGGUUCAAUCUAUACAAGACCCAACAACAAGCAAAACCUGCAUUAGAAGAUUGACAGUCACAAAGAGAAUGAAGCAACCUAUUUAUGUCUGCUAUCAGCUUGACAAUUACUAUCAGAAUCAUCGUAGGUAUGUCAAGAGCCGAAGUGAUCAGCAAUUGAGAAACCGCGAAAACGAGUACGUGUAAGCCUGAACAUGAAGCAAAUGGGGUCUAUUCAACUGAUAACAACCUUCUGUGGUUGCUGGGUUCUAUUCAACUGAUAACAACUUGCAGCUGGAGGCAACUACUCAAUUUCAUAAAUUGCUCUCAAUUGAACGGAGUCCUCCAAUCGAGGAAGUCAUACAAUCUGGUGUCGUACCUCGCUUUCUCGAGUUCUUGAUGAGAGAAUAUUUCCCACAGCUCCAGGAACGAGAAACAACCCUUUCUCUUUGGUCCGGAGCAAGAAUAAGGGGUGCCAAGGUUAAUUUCACAUUUAACGAGUCAUCUCUUAAAGCAGUAUCCGUAUACCACUUUGCGAUUAGAGGCUGUUGAAGGGAGAUGAUGGCAUACAAGAGCCUGUCGAUCAGAUCAGUCUGAAUAGUCAACAUGAACCUGAUGGCUGAAGCGGCUAUUGAUAAACAAAAGCCAAGAGUACAAACAAUAGAUGCUUUGGUUGACAAGUCAACUCUGGGUGGGACGGCUAACAUCGCGCCAUUCAUGGCGAUUUUUAUUGUUUCGUCUAGCAAUGUAUGUUUCCUUUGAACUUUGGUCUUCGCUUUGUUUUUUCAUUGCAACAGUAAUUUUAUGUGAUCGUGAUUUUGAUUUUCUUUUCUAAAUGAAAACCGUUUCGCUAAAAAGGGUUACAAGUAAGAUCAUCCUAACUCCUAAGUAUAUGAUUAAUGUAUGCAAUUAUGCCCACUUACAUUACCUAUUUACUUUGGGUUAUGAUUAGUUAAAAUUUCCAUAGUGCACAAUUACAUUUAUUCCCAUCAUUCUUCUGCAAUAUAUCACAGUUCAUGUUAAAAGAGAACUUAUCUUUUAAUUUACACAUCUUAGCUCACUGUACUUCAUGUACGCCUACUAACUUUGUUGAAUGUUUGGCUAGGAUCCAAAGUAAUGUUUACAAAAAAAAAAUUGAAAUUUGGAUUGGUUUCAGCUAUUGGCACUAUUAUGGGUUGAAGUGGAAUUUGGUUCAAGUAAUUCUGAAUAGAGUGUGUGUAUAUAUAGAUGUAUAUGUACAAACAUUUUCUGUAUAAAAAAUUAAAUGAAAAAAAUAGGCCCUAAAAACUAUAAUCUCAACAUGAUUUGUAUACUUGGCAGGGAAUUUGAUUGUAUCAAGUACACUGCAGUUUUGUUUUUACGAUUUCAGGUUCAAUCCUAACAUUGGUUUGAGGCUUAAACUUUCUUACAAUCAUAUUUCACUAUGCCAACGAAUGAGUUAGUUGAUGUAAUAGCACCGUCCAGCUAUAGUUGGAUUUGGGUAGUGUAGGUGGUAGCGCAUCGGUUACGACGACUACGGUUAUUUGGUACACCUUUAUUUUUCUUUCCUUUUUGUGAUUUUUGAUCGUUUGCUUGGGGUGCUAAACGGGCCGUGUUCGCGGGUUGGCGAGUUCAUCCUAACCCGAACUCGAAAAAUUUACACGAACCCGAACACUAUCCGAAUAUUCACUUGGUGACUCGAACACGACCCGUUCACCCCGAAUUUUAUUGUAUUAUUAAUUUUUUCCCAAAAGUUAAUAAUUUAAAAUUAAAAUAAUUAUUUUAGAUUAUGAGGGGUUCUGCCAUUUUGUUGAGAUAAAAAAAAAGAGUCCGCUUUUCGCUUUGAUUAAUUGUUUUAUUUUAGAUUAUAUUUUUGUGUCAUUUAGUUUGAAAGACAUUAUAAGGAUAUAUUAAUAUGAAGUUCAAAAAUGGUCCAGUUAACUUGAAAAUCAAGUUGCGACAGCAACACAUUAUGGAAGAAACAAGAGGCAAUUGCCAUCAAAGAUUCAAGGGGUAGUUAUUAACAUGGCCGUUGUUGCAUGUUAGCCACCAACCAGACAGAAGCAGGCCCCAUAUGACCUUUUAGUUAUGGUUCAAUUGAUGGUAACCUGGUACUCAUUGUUUGUUGGCCUUGCUGGCUACAGAGUGUGCUUGAGCCGAGUUAUGUGAAAAAAAAGAGCUAGGAAUGCUAUGUUGUUUUUCCACAAUAUACUACUUGAAAGAGUACAAACAAUACAAGUUGGAUGGGUUGGCUAACGUGUCAACUGUCAACACGAGUUCAGGUACCCAUGAAGAGGAUUCUUUUCCCUACAAUGGGCUACUGUGUUGAGGCUAAUACUGCACAACCUCCACCACUUCCCCCUCUUAAAGAAAACUUAUUUUGGUGGUUUGAAAGAUGAAGACCACAUACCACAUAUUUACGAACCUUUAUGGUAUACAUGACACAUUUCUCAAAGGGGCCAUGAAGCGUGGUAAUUUGUAUAGAACUAAAGAUUUAGAGAUCAAGGGUUCCGAUUGGAUUUCUUGCUAUAUAAGUGGUAGAACUAAGAUGCAUAUCAUUAUAAAAAUCAUUUGCGGAGCACACAUCCAAUAAGCUAAAAGUCAACUAACCUAACUGUUUUAGCAGCAUCAUAGGGCCAAUUUGUAAUCUACUCUUUAUGUUUCAAGACCAAGUAUAAACGUAUUUUUUUUCAAACAAUAGAAAACUUAUCAUUUCUCAACACCGCGAAAUUCGCGGGUAUUAGCACUAGUUUAAUUAUAGAUGUAAUGUAUUUAGGUAAUGUACAAAAUACGUUAUCAAUUUCUUUUAUAAACAGUUACCAUAAUUUAUUCUGAACAUAUAUAUUAAUCAAGUUAUAGAAAGUAUUUCCUACUAUUUAAAAAAAAUUAACGUUUUAAGUAAUACAGAAUUUAAAUAAUAAAAUCCGUUUUUAAAUUUAAAAACUUUAAAUAUACAGAAUUUAACCUUUUUAAAUAAACUCCUUGUGGUUAUACAUUGUAAGGAAAUUCUUUGUGGUUAGAUAUACAUGAUUUAAAAAUACUAAUAUUUUAACACUUUCUUCAAUAUUUAUUAACCAUUAGUGGAACUAAAAGGGUGUUGUUGUAAUUUAUGGUUAAAUCCAUUGUAUUGGCGUCAAUGUUCAAAGGAUAGGGGAUGUUUAUGUAACAUUUCAAAUGACGGUUGUAAUUAUGUUUUAGAUUCCUUACCAUACGCAACCAUUAUAUCAAAACUUCAUCAUCCCAAUGUUAAAGUGAAUCGCCGACCGGAACUACUGCUACGAUUAUCGCCGGAAUCUUCUCUAUUAAGCUGAUCGACUCCGGAAUUAGGGCUUGGCAUCUUGAUUUGUUUGAAAAUGUAUACUUCGUUUAUAAAGUAUCUUCUGAAGCUAUCAUCAUUGAGUAUAGAUGUCCCGAUCUCAUUUGUUACUGAAUUCUAUGGAGAGGAUUGGGCCGAUAGGAAGCUGCGUAUAUAUCACUCAAGUGGGAAAAAAUGGGUCGUAAUGUUGAAACGAGUAAAAGGUAUGCCGGUCUUAACUGACGGCUGGGAAACAGUUGUUUCGGAGCUUGAACUUCAAAAGGAUUGUCUGCUUACAUUUCUUCCAUUGAACCAUUUUGGUCUCCAUCUUUCAUCUUAUGUUAAUGGCGUAUGUCGUCAAUCUUAUUUCACAAUUAAUCUUCAUCUAAGAAUGGGUUUUACGAUCAUUGAAGAUUCUUUUGUUCAACAAUGUUUUGGAGACAAUGUAGUGGCUGGCUCAUAUGAAAUUAAUUAUAAGGGUUCUCCGUGGACAGUGUCAACAAGUAAGGUUAAUUCAAACUAUGUAUUUUCACAAGGUUGGGCUCAACUUUGCAACGAUCUUGGCGUUCAAGAAGAUGAUUUACUGGUUUUUGAAAAACUUAAUGAUGUUAUGUUUGGCUUAACCGUGUAUCGAGACGAGGUUGAGAUAAGGUUGAGCAAGAAAGUUGAAUCUGAUGAUGAUGAUGAUGAUGUAAUUCAGAUCUCUAAGGCCUAUUAUGAUAAAGCGCUUUUUAAGGACAUAGAGGAAGAUGAUAACCAGCCCACUUCUGAUAAAAGUCCAUCAGUAACAGUCACGUCAAGUACACCGAAGAAGGUUCAUGUUAAAGAGACGUUGAAAGUAGGUGAUGGUUUACGUUUCAAGACAAGCCAAGAUGUUAAAGGAAAGGGAAAUGGUAAACUUUUUGUCGACCGAUCCGUCACAGUCGAUAAUUUCAACAAACAAUGCAAAGGCCGAAAACGUUCUACAACAUCUGCUCAAACUGUCAAGCAUCGAAAGAAGGUAACAAGGAAUGCAAACAAAGUUUCCGGUCUCGGCAUGGAUCCAGAAUUCUUCAACUUUAGCCGUAAAGCAGAGUAUAGGCUGAGUCGGCCUGUCUGAAAGCUUGCAACCUAUAUCUGUGCAAAACAUGAACGGUGAUGUUGAAGUUUAUGAAACAAAGACAGAGUUAAACAGUGGUACGUUACGUUACGCUGUUGAUGGAUGAGGAAAUUCAUGGAUGAUAACCAGUUGCAGUUUGGACACAUGUUGCACUUCACAUAUGUAACUUCACAGAGGAAGAUUGUGUUGAACGAUGUAACUUCAAUCUAACGAAGACUACUAUAAAGUGUGUUUAAAACAGCUAUGCUUUGGUUAGUUGUUUGUUAGUCAAUAGAUACAUUUUGGUGGUUGUGGUGAUGAACAUGAAAACUUUGUGUACUUUCCUAUGGUUUAGUUUAUUUAGAUGUUUUGUAAUGAUACCAAUAACUUAUUUUGUAA